GUUGCUCGCUAGAGGGCGUCCGGGACCUCCCUUAAAUGACGUCACGUAACAGGAAGUAAAGGCUCGUGGCCCUUUAGUCGAUCUCAUCAGAUAAACACGCAAUCAAUUUAUGUGGUGAAUCAGUAAGAUUAGCUACACUGCAACGACGAAAAAGUGUGAAAAUGUCUGCAAGGGCCACAGCAAAGUUCAUGGAUGAAAAGGACCGUACUCGUCGACGACUGGAAGAUCUUUGGCUGCAGCCUUAUGUUGUGUUACGCAGAGCUGACGUCAGUGAAGCUAUUCGUCCUAAGCAGCAGGAGCCAGAGCUCACCCACAUUAAAGAGGAGGAAGUUGUGGGCAAAGAGGUCCACCACUUAAAUGAACAAAUGGAGCAGACCUUUCUUUGCACCAUAAAGGAGGAGGAAGAGCUGGGGGGACCUUGUAUCAAAGAGGAGGGAGAAGACUCCUGUGACCUUAAAAAGGAGGAGGAGGAGGAGAUGCCAUUGACUGGUGUCCCUGUGAAAAGUUUUGAUGAGGUCAGAAAAGGGGCGGAGCCUCCAAGCUGUAGCUCAAGUCAACAAAUGACCCGAGAAGGUGAUGGAGACCGCUGUGGAGGAUCACAAGCAGCUCCACCUUCAGAUAGUGAUGACGUGUCAUCACAUGCUCCUGCUGAUGAUGAUGAGGAGUCUCAAAAGAAACACAGGCAAUGUUCUCAGUAUGGGAGAUGUUGUGUUAACAGUGUUUUGAAACAACACAUGAGAAUGCACACAGGAAAGAAAAACUUUUCAUGCUCAGUUUGUGGCCAAAGAUUUUCAGUGAAGAAAAACUUAACAAGUCAUACAAGAAUCCACACUGGCGAGAAACCUUUUUCAUGCUCAGUUUGUGGCCAAAUAUUCAGUCGGAAGGCAAAUUUAACAAGUCAUACAAGAAUCCACACUGGCGAGAAACCUUUUUCAUGCUCAGUUUGUGGCCAAAACUUCUCUGAGAAGGGAACUCUAAGACCUCAUACAAGAACCCACACUGGCGAGAAACCUUUUUCAUGCUCCGUUUGUGGCCAAAAAUUCAAUCAGAAGAGACGUUUAAAAAGCCAUACAAGAAUCCACACUGGCGAGAAACCUUUUUCAUGCUCAGUUUGUGGCCAUAAAUUCUCUGAGAGGGGAAAUUUAAUUACACACACAAGAAUCCACACUGGCCAGAAACCUUUUCUAUGCUCAGUUUGUGGCCAAAGAUUCUCUGAGAAGGGAACUUUAACAAGUCAUACAAGAAUCCACACUGGUGAGAAACCUUUUUUAUGCUCACUUUGUGGCCUAAGAUUUUCAGUGAAGGCAAACUUAAAAAGGCACACAAUAAUCCACACCGGCAAGAAACCUUAUUCAUGCUCAGUUUGUGGCCAAGGAUUUAUAGUCAAGGCAAACUUAACAAUGCACACAAGAACCCACACUGGCGAGAAACCUUUUUCAUGCUCAGUUUGUGGCCAAAGAUUCUCUGAGAAGGGAAGCUUAAAAAGGCACACAAGAAUCCACACUGGCGAGAAACCUUUUUUAUGCUCAGUUUGUGGCCAAAGGUUUCGUCAUAGAGGACCUCUAACACUUCAUUCAAGAACCCACACUGGUGAGAAACCUUUUUCAUGCUCAGUUUGUGGCCAGAAAUUCAGAGAUAAGAGAACCUUAAAACGUCAUGCAAGAAUCCACACUGGCGAGAACCCUAUUGCCUGCUCAGUCACUUGCCAAAAAGUCUCUAUUGAGAAUUCUGAAUUUGUUGGGGAGAUGAUCAAUGGUCCGUGAAGUUUUCAUCUUCUAUUUGAGCAGAAUCAUGAGUUUUUGCAUCAAUGGUAAUUCUAUUCCAGGGGUGGCCAACCAGUCAGAGACUAAGAGCCACAUUUUUUACUGUCAUCGCAAAGAGCCACAUCAUACACAUGAGCACACAUGAACGUGUGCGUUCAACAAAAAACAACUUUAACUCUGUUAAAAACGUCCUGUGUUCAUUGUCAUAUAUUCGUUUAGCUGUGCAUUUUUUCCUUGCCAUUUUGAGAGCAAAAUUGACACUCCUCAAAUGGGUUUGUACCUUCUCUUUUGCGGGAUUUCACUUCCCGAACCGCGGGUUGGCCACCGCUUUGAUAUUUAUUUAGUUUUUAGUUGUGGAUUUGAACUGAAAUUAGUUCUAUUUCAUAUGAAGUGAAAGUUGCUUAGCUUUUAAUAGUGUUUAGGAUUUAGUUUUGUUCAGCUUUUCUUGUUAAGAUUUUUGUCCCCAUAUUUGUCAAGAUUUGUUAAGAAGAAAAAUCAGAGCAAGCAAAACCCUUUUUUUAUUUUGCGCUUGUGAAUGUUAUUAUUAAAUGAUGACCAAUGA